UGAGAUCAAGCUUUUAGCAUGAACAGAGCUACAUUAGAGACGCGAUUCUUGAAAAUAACGAAAAUAUUUGCGAAACUGGGCGGGAUUUGGCCAGAUCAAAAUAAAGUAAAAUUUAUUUUGUGGGCCAUGGUGCAUAUUACCAUGGGAUCGUUUGUCGUUGUACAGGUAGCAAGAGUCGUACAUAUAGGUACUUUGGAAGUCGUGAUAGAGCAGUCGUCCUUAAUAGGUGCGACAAUUCUUAUGAUCAUAAAGCAUGGUAACUAUGUUCUGAACGCUGAAAAGCUCAAGUCCCUUUUGAAUGAUAUGUCCGAGGACUGGGCAAUCGAUCGAUUGAAACAAGAAUUUUCCAUUAUGACGACAUACGCUAAUAGAGGAAGCAUUCUUGCCAUGUUCUACUUUGUAAACGCGUGUAUAUGCGCAUUCCUUUUCGUACAACUGCCAUGGACAAUGCGUCUGGUACACAUGAUAAAACCACACAAUACAUCGCCACCCAUGUUAUACACUAUACCAGCAUACUAUUUUGUCGAGGAUGACCUCAAAUAUUAUUACUACAUUCAAAUAUAUCUGGGCCUCGCUAUAUAUGUGGUGCUAAUCGUAUUCGUCAGUUGUGACACUUGUUACAUGGUCCUCGUGCAGCAUGCUUGCGGACUGUUGACUGUGGCUGGAUAUCGCUUCAAGAAUGCUAUCAAUGACUUUUCUUUCAAUACGAAGAUUUCUGAAAAGAAGGCGAAGGAGACAUAUGACAGAGUACGCUUCUCUAUACAGGGGCACCAACGGGCAAUAAUGUUUCUGGAAAAAAUUGAGAGCGCACACGUUACAUAUCUCUUUAUGUGUAUGGGCAUAAUAGUCUUGUGCGUUAGUAUUACGAUGGUACAGAUCGCUACGAUGGAAAUAUGUAUGGAUUUUUAUAAGUUUACCAGCUUUCUGAUUAUUCAAUUCUUGCAUCUGUUCUACCUAACGAUGCAGGGUCAGUUUGUUAUAAAUUCGUCCGAUGAGAUUUACGAUGCAAUAUACGAGGCAUCAUGGUACAAGAUGAGUACAAAAACGCAAGCAUUAUACAUAUUAGCGUUGCGGCGAAGUCUAACUCCAUGCUAUUUAACUGCCGGCGGUUUAAUACAAUUGAACAUGCAAAGCUUUUCAGAAGUAAUGUAUCAAUAAUGUUAUCUUCAAUAAUUACAUCCGCUGUAACAAUAUUGGUAAAUUUCAGGUGAUAAAACUAUGCGUUUCAUAUUAUACAGUGUUGAGAUCGACAUGAAAAACGGAUUGAUAUCCAGUGAUUCACAGUAGACGCAUUAUUGAGAGCGAUCGUUUUAUCAAUAUCACUACGAUAUUGUAGAAUAACUUAAUAAAACUGUUCUUAUAUAAUCUCGAUACACGAUAUACAUACGAGUAUUAUGGAAAUAAUCAAUUAGAAAAUAAUAAUUUUGUUUCUACGUACAGAAACAUACAAAAAUAUCUGGACACUUGUGGAUACUUUUUGUGAAUAUAUUAUGUGUACCAUACACAACAUUUUGAAAUUUCAUUCACGCUGUUACGAAUCUUAACAAUCACGAUUACAUUCCUAAAAUUUUAAGUCUAUAUAAAGAUAUAUAUAUGUCGGAGAUGAAAGAACACCGGAGCCUUUGGAAUUUUGGAUAAUCCCGCAACAUUGUAAUCUAGAGUCUACUAUAGCUGUGGAUAGCAAAAGUAUUUGGUUUCGUGAGUGGCGUACAGGUGCUUUACAGUUCUACGGUGCGGAUUGCUAUUCCUUGAACUAAAAAAAAUUUCUUUCGAGAUGAGUCUGAUUAUUGUAAACGAUCGUGCAUGGGAGGAUUUUCUGCAGAGAUUCGAAAUGCUCUCUAGAUUCCUCGUGAAACGUCUGGACAACACCUACAUGUUCUUCCAUCCGUCGUUCAGAGAAUGGUUGAUGAAUUCGCCAUCAGUUCUGUACACACAUACAAAAAUAGUUAAUAUAUAUAUAUAUAUUAUAUUUUUUUUUACAUAUAUAUAUGUUUCAUUCGGACCUGUUCCUUGUAUGAAUACUGUAUCUCUGUAUAUAAUAUAAUAUAUAUAUAAUAUGUUAUGAUUA